CGAUGUGACCAUAAAAUGGCGUCGUAGACCUCACUACACAUCUGUAGACCUGUUGAAACCAUAAUCUGGAAAGACUAAAUUAUAAAACUCAGGAAAGAGGAUCUCACUCUGGGGAAGACUAUAAUAUUCAACGAGACUUAUGCUGACUUUUAUCAAGCGGUUUAAUAACAUUUAAUAAUAAUAUAUUGACACAGUGCAGUGGUAGGGCUGGGCGAACCGGGAGAAUAAAUGAAGCGCUCCCUAUUUUUAUUACAAGUUGUGGGUCUCGUUCCGAUAGUUUGAAGCUGGAGCAGGCCAGGCAUGAGUAGUGCACACCUGGACGAAUGGCAAAGGAGGUCCUUUGACAUUUCAUCUGGCAACUGUACACCUGAACAGAUGGCCGAUGCCUACCGGGACCACAUCCUCUCCAUUCAGUAUGCAUGGGCAAGCUCCCAGCUCUCUCAGGCCGGCAUGGCCAGCCUGCUCAGAACCUACUCGGAGCGCUAUGCAGCAGUGCUGGACUCAGAUGACCCAACCACUGGCCUUAACAAUUAUGCAGAAGGUGUGCUGCAUUUGGCCCGCAGUCAGAGGAACUACAGUGACAAAUGGGAGUCGUCCCUGACCAUGGAGAGUGUACUGGAGCUGCCCUCUGUGCAGAAGAUGAUUCAGGCAGAGAAAGGUAGAGGAGACUCUCUGGUGGCACCAGCAGAUGGUAACAUAUCUGUUGGACAACAGAGUGGAGGCAUCUCCCUGUCUGCUCCUUUCACCGAAGUUAGGUCAGAGGACCCAUUGUUUAAACCUAUAGGACCACCACAGCAUACAACGGAGGUUAAUAACACUGCCAGUAAUGCUGCUGAUGUUUCUGCAGAGAGGCCUUUAGGAUCUCAAUUGAUCACAAACUCCUCCACACUUCCAACCCGACCACAAUCUGUGUUUAGUCAUCCUUCUUCAGUUCUUCCACAGGGAAACAGUGGCCCCGUAGGUAGCAUGCAAAACUAUCAGUGCUCCUCCAUCCCUAUCUCCAACCCCUUUAAGCGUAAGAAUUUUUACAACCCACAUGGAGAGGAUAGUAGCAGGGGACCACAGGGAGGUCAAGCAGCCACUGACCGAUCUGGAAGCAACUUCAGAACAGCUCGUGAGCAGUUCAUCAUUGAUCAACAGAAAAAACACUCCCACCAACCCCAAAGAGGUCAGACCCCUGGGAUGGCAGCAACUGUGAAAAAAUCUUUGGGUGCUAACAGGCCUCGAGGUGCAUCUUCUAAAUUUGUGUCACCUAUUCCAAGACAGGAGGAAGAGGAAAAUGGGGCAAGCCGAAAUUCCAGUCAGGAGCCUCAGAUCUUGGAUGAGCGUCUGAAAAACUUUGAGCCAAAGAUAAUUGAACUGAUCAUGAGUGAGAUCAUGGACCACGGGCCUCCUGUGGUCUGGGAUGACAUUGCAGGCCUGGAAUUCGCCAAAACCACCAUAAAGGAAAUUGUGGUUUGGCCCAUGCUGCGACCUGACAUCUUUACUGGUCUCCGUGGUCCGCCCAAAGGCAUCCUGUUGUUUGGACCUCCAGGAACUGGAAAAACACUGAUAGGAAAAUGUAUCGCUUGUCAGUCAGGUGCCACUUUCUUCAGUAUCAGUGCGUCAUCACUCACAUCCAAGUGGGUGGGUGAAGGAGAAAAAAUGGUGCGAGCCUUGUUUGCCAUUGCCCGCUGCCAUCAGCCCGCUGUCAUUUUCAUUGAUGAAAUUGAUUCACUGUUGUCUCAGCGGACAGAUGGGGAGCAUGACUCAUCACGCAGGAUAAAGACCGAGUUCCUGGUUCAACUGGAUGGGGCAGCCACCGCGGCCGAUGACCGCAUCUUGGUGGUGGGCGCCACCAACCGGCCUCAAGAGAUAGAUGAGGCUGCUCGUCGACGCCUGGCAAAACGGUUAUACAUCCCUCUACCUGAAGCAGCUGCCCGACAGCAGAUAGUAACUAACCUCAUGGUUCGAGAGAAGAACCAGCUGAGAGAGCACGAGCUGGAGAGUGUGGUAAGAGCCACAGAGGGCUUCUCCGGAGCCGAUAUGACCCAGCUAUGUCGAGAAGCAGCACUGGGGCCCAUCCGCAGCAUCCGGCUGAGUGACAUUGCCACUAUCACCACAGAUCAGGUGCGACCGAUCCUCUACAGUGACUUCCAGGAGGCAUUGAAGACGGUACGACCCAGUGUCUCAUCCAAAGACUUGGAACUGUAUGAAGAGUGGAAUAAGACUUUUGGAUGUGGACAUUAAACUCCUGAUUUCCUCUAACCGUUUUCAACUUAUGGUUAUUUUCUGCUAAGUUGGGGAAAAGGUUUCAGUUCUGGGUACAUUUACAACUUUUGGACAAUAUUUUGUGCUUAACAUACAAAGCACCGAGAGGAGAUGGGCAACACAGCAGGAGCCCCUCUGGCUUCACAAAGAUAGUUUUCCAGAUCCUGGGAUCCACUGUGUCCACUAUGCAGUUGCACCUACAGUGGUUUUGAGCAGGUGUUCUUGUUAAUUCAUUCACUCUUGUGUGUCUAAUGAUUCAUUUUUAAUCUCAUUACAACCAGCCUGAUAUUUUGGAACAUUUCCCCUUCAAGCUGUUGUAACUUGAAAGAGAAAUAUAAACACAAGUUAAUAGGAGAGUAAUAUGUUGGCAUAUUUUUGAGAGUGUUUGAAAUGAACCCAUAUAGAGAGCAAGGCUUCCUCUAGAUUGUGUGCAGCAGUUUGCAUUAUGCAUUCAGCUUCUUCUCAGAUGUUUUGUUCUGGGCGCACUGUUUAGAUAUUAAUGCUAUUGUUGCUUUGUGCUUUGGUUUAAUCAUUAAGCACCGCAUUCUGUUCCACCUGAAACAAUUAUGUUUAAAUGUCUUUUGUAAUUCUUUUAAGGAUGAGCAUUCAGCAUAUUUAGUAUUUAUUCCCUACAUAUUCUCAGCUGCAUCAUUUAAAUAAAAACAUAUGGUGUCAAUGCUUUAGUUUGUUUCAGUUCAUUACAUUUCUGCAACUGUACUUAUUUCCUAAUAAAAUCAAAAAUGGCAAAGUACCUCAUAUUUCUAGGAGUUAAUCUCCAAACUGAAACAAAGAAAUGCAAGUUCCCCUCCACUCAUCCCCUUGAUCCUCUCCCAUCUAAGCCACA